UUACCUCUUCCGUAUCUCUCAGUCCACUUGAAACUUCCGUGUUUCGAAGGCUAUCUUACUGGGUCAAGCGGUGUAUCACAAUGAGGUCCAUCCCGGAAGACCUAACGACACUCAUUUCAGAUCUGGAAACCUUUUUAACGGAUGUUCUUAAAGGGGAGAAUUUGAGCAAGAAGGCAAAAGAAAGAAAGGAUGCCUUUGUCAAGCGUAUUAAAGAAGUGAAAUCGAGCUACUCUCAGGAUUUCAAGGACAAAGGAGAUGAAGAGUUCACUGAGAUGGACGAGGCGGACGCCAAUAAUGACGGCGGAUCGCUCCACUCAGAGCAGACUGACAGGGAUGAGGAUAAUGCUUAUGAUGGAGUUCAGCAGUCUCCUCCGGUGGCAGCUCAAGACCUUCCAUCCAUUUUGAAGAGUGGUAACCUGGAGAAGCGCAGAAAAGAUCACAGUUUCUUUGGCAAUGAGUGGCAGAAGAGAUGGUGUGCCUUAAGCAACAAUUUAUUCUACUACUAUGGCAGUGAGAAAGAUAAACAGCAGAAGGGAGAGUUUAAUAUUGUUGGCUACACUGUCAAAAUGAACAACAAUCUGCGGAAAGAUGCUAAGCGAGAUUGUUGCUUUGAGAUCUCUGCUCCAGACAAGCGUGUAUAUCAGUUUUGUGCUGCCUCUGAGAAAGAUGCAAAGGACUGGGUGGAGCAAAUUCACUUUUUGAUUAAAGACAUGGAUGGAAUCAUUCCAGAAGAUGAAGAUGAGUAUGAUGACUGCUUGGCCAUGACCUCAUCUAUCAGGACUGUGACCUCAUCAACCAUGCCCGCAGCUAUCGAUGACGAGAUCUAUGAAGAACUCCCUGAGGAAGAUGUACCACAGCCAGCUAAAGCAAUAGUGACCCUGGCCAACAAGCCCCCACCGCCAUCUGCCCCAGUGACAGCAGUGAACAAGAGCACAGACUAUGCAAACUACUUCCAGGGGUUGUGGGAUUGUGCCGGUGAGCACCCCGAUGAGCUGUCCUUUAAGAGGGGAGACACCAUCUACAUCCUCAGCAAGGAGUACGACACCUUCGGCUGGUGGGUGGGGGAGAUGAAAGGGGCCAUCGGAAUCGUGCCCAAGGAGUAUCUUAUGGAAUUGUAUGCUCUGUAAGGGACUUGAGGGACCCCUUGAUGUGGGCUGCUGUUGUAGCUUCAUGCACUGCCAUGUUUAACAAGCCGCUGUCUAAUUAACUGUCGGACAUUCUGUGUAGGAUGUAAAGCAAACUGUUAUUUCAAAAGCACAAGUGAUUGUAAAAUGUAUGUGAUGAAAGAUGUGAGUAGACAUGAUGCUUGAUGUUAUUUAAUCCAUGUUUGCUCCAGUAUUUAAUAAGAAUGACUGAGUGAAUGCAAAUCUUUUUUGUUAUGAAAAGUAUUAAUACAUAAUAAAUAUGUUUUGA